CUUUCUCUUCACCCCCUCUCUUUUGUGGGAUCUCUUCUGUAUCUCAUUUUAUCUUUAGAAUAAAGCUCUUGCCAUUUUUUUUUCUCUUUUCGAGUUGGAAAAUGCUUGUUUUCCGAUACCAUCGUUUGGAAUAGAUGAUAUGUGAAAAAAGAGGAAGUUUCCUUCCCUCCCCUUGUCGCUGAUGAUAUAAGAAGAUUCUUAUUGGGCCUUCUGAUUGGGAAGACUACUCCUUGGGUAAGGAUGGAGCAGAAAGAUAUAGAAUCCAUAACCUCCCGAUUUCUUCUUGCCCUGGUCUCUAUGAACUUGGGAUAGCUAAAUAUCACACAGAAACAGGUCGAAUGAUCCGUAAAAUAAAUUCUGACCAUGUAAUUGUUGUGUAUCUUGGGCAAGCUGACAAUGUCCGCGCAAGGUUGCAGCAGUAUGGCCGGGCAGGCUCUCAUUUGGACCAUGGAGUUUCUUUUCCUUCUUCAAAUAAAGGAGAACCAACUGAUAUACCUGCAAUUCCUUAUAUACAGCAAGGACCUGGAUUAUUCAUUGAUGUAUUUUCCAGAGGCUUCCCAAUCGUGUUUAGAUGGGCACCGAUGAAAAACAAGAAAGAAGCCGAGCUAAAAGAGUCUCAGCUUCUUGCAUUUUUUGAUUAUGCUUGGAACAAGGGAAGCAAUGGUUCUCGCCGUGCUGAUUACGUCCUCCAAAAGUUGGAUAAAGCUGGGUUAGGCAUCCGUGCUUUCACACUUAUCCCUCUGUCAUUCAAACAGUUGAAGUGGAAGGCACUUGGAUCAAAAAAGAUGGGAAUUGAGAUCAAGUCAGGCAAGCCAAUUGUAGAUACUGAUUCUAAUCCUGAAAGGAAUCCUGAUUUACAUGCUCGUGUUCUCAAAUUCAGCCAUUCACGGCCUAGAUUGGUGGCAGAAAGAACUGGUGGUCUUGAUGCACUAAAUGUCUGUGGUGUAACCUUGGGCAACGGGUCUAUCUGCAAAGAGCCUCCUGUUCCUGGAAGGAAGAGAUGCAGUGAGCAUAAGGGGAAGAGGAUUAAUGGAUUGCACAAAGGGUCAAAUACAGAUGAUCACGAAGCAACAACUGGUGGUCUUGAUCCACAAAACGUCUGUGGUGUAGCCUUUGGCAAUGGGUCUAUCUGCAAAGAGCCUCCUGUUCCCGGAAGAAAGAGAUGCAGUGAGCAUAAAGGGAGGAGGAUUAAUGGACUGCACGAAGGGUUGAAUACAGAUCAUCAUGGACCACCAAAAGGGAAUCCUUGUGUGUGUGGCGUGAUCCUAGAAGAUGGAUCUUUCUGCAAGCAAAAGCCAGUUCCUGGAAGGAAGAGAUGUGAAAAACACAAAGGUAGAAGGGUUGGUGCAUAAACCCUUCAAAUGCUCAGUAUUCUAAAUCAUGGAAGUAGGUCACAGUACAUAAAUGAAUAAACCAUAUUUCAAAAUUUUCUGCUUAUAGGGAAUAUUUAUCAUGAGAGGUGUGUAGCGAUUAUUGUUGUAACGUGUUUUUUACAUUUAAAAUCUGUUACAUUACAUUGGCUGUACUAGCACUAUUAGUGCUGUUCAUAUAAUGAAUCCUUCAUUUAUAUUGACUGUGA